AUGAAGGCUUACGAUGUGUACCGACUCGCCGCGCUCUUCUUACUGCACGUCAGUAUAGUACAAGCGGAGCCCGUUACGUGCGAUGUGCGCACGCGCAUCGAGUCGGGUUGGAUCUGCGGACUGCGGCGCUGGGCUGAGAACAACACUGUGUACGCGAGCUUCCGGGGUGUGCCCUAUGCGAAACAGCCCCUCGGGGAGUUGAGGUUUAAGGAGCUGCAACCCGUUGAACCAUGGGACUAUUUAGACGCGUCGGAAGAAGGUCCAAUAUGUCCACAACAGGACGUCUUCUAUGGCAAGCUCAUGACGUCACAGAAGAUGGACGAAGCGUGCAUAUACGCCAACAUACACGUCCCAAUCGAAGCCUUGCCAGCAACCACCCAGAGAAGACCAUCCAGAGAUCUACAGCCACCUUACGAGACUGGCUUAAGUGAUGAGGAAGAAGAGAGACAUCCAGGUCUACCGAUACUGGUCUUUGUACAUGGAGGUGGCUUUGCAUUCGGUUCCGGUGAUUCUGACUUACACGGACCCGAGUAUCUAGUCAGCAAAGGCUUAAUUGUCAUCACAUUUAACUACAGACUCAACGCCUUGGGUUUCCUGUCCCUCAACACCUCAAGCAUACCGGGCAACAAUGGACUGCGCGACAUCGUGACCUUGCUGCGUUGGGUGCAGACUAACGCGAGAGCCUUUGGAGGGGACCCCGAACAAGUAACGCUGGCUGGACAGAGCGCUGGUGCCAGCGCCGCACAUUUGGUAUCGCUAUCGCCGGCAGCUGAAGGAUUAUUCAAAAGACUGAUAUUGAUGAGCGGAACAGCAAUACCCACAUUCUACACGACCUCGCCAGCCUACGCAAAAUUCAUCGCCAACAUGUUUCUUUCACAACUCAGCAUAAACACUACAGAACCUGAGGAAGCGCACCGCCAACUAAUACAAAUCCCCAUUGAAAAGAUCAUGAACGCCAACAGUCUCCUAAUAGACCAGAUGGGAUUAACUACAUUCCUGCCAGUAGUAGAAAACCAUUUUCCAGGUGUUACAACAAUAAUAGACGAAGACCCGGAAAUACUAAUGGCCCAAGGACGAGGCAAAGACACUCCAAUGCUAGUCGGCUUCACGACCGCUGAAUGCGAAAGUUUCCGUCCGAGGUUCGAACAAAUAGACAUACUAACAAGGUUAAAUGAAAAUCCACUGUUAAUGAUAUCUCCUAACGUUAUUUUUAAUACACCUACAAGCGAUUUACUAAAUAUAGCGAAGAGGGUGGAACAAAGAUAUUUUAACGGAUUGCCUAGUAUGGACAAAUAUAUUAAAUGUUGUUCGGACACGUAUUAUAUUUACCCUGCAUUCAAAUUAGCGCAAAGAAGAGUAGCAAUGGAUGGUGCACCGGUGUUUUUAUAUCAGUUCUCAUACGAGGGGGAAUUCAACGUCAUAAAGGAGGCAAACGGGAUAAAAUAUAAGGGAGUUGGUCACGUAGAAGACUUGACUUAUGUGUUCAGAGUAAAUUCAAUGCUGGGUUCUCACAUAUCGUUCCCGCCUAGUAACGACGACGAUAUGAUGAAAGGCUGGAUGACUAAGAUCGUAAGGAAUUUCGUGAGUUGCAGUAAACCCACCUGCAAUAGACACCAGGGACCUUGGUUGCCGGUGGACAAAGAGCUCCGCUAUCAAGACAUAGUGAGAACUUCCUACUACUGGUCUACCUACCCGAAUCAGUCACAGCACGAGAUGAUGCAGUUCUUUGACAGUAUAUACAACAAGACUAUAUGA